CAUAAACAAAACGGAAUAUUCAUGUCAUGCAAUGGGUCAUUUGUAGAAAGAAAACAGAAAGGGAAAUUGGCCGAAAGGCGGACAAAGUUCAGCGUUAACCGAAGAAAAGUCACGUAAACUUUUGUUGUCGUUAAGUUAACAGAAGUUUCCCCGCCGUCGUUUUACAAUGGGCUGUUGUAGCAGCACGGAGGGCAAGCGUGACUGGAAACCACUGGAGGAGCGCAGCUGCACGGACAUCCCAUGGCUCAUCAUUUUCAGUUUGUUUUGCAUUGGGAUGGUGUGUAUCUGUGGCUUCUCCGUUGCCACAGGAGCUGCCUCCAGGCUUAUCUCAGGAUAUGACAGUUAUGGCAACACCUGCGGCAAGAAGAACAGCCCGAUAGAUGGCGUGGCCCUCAGUGGCCGGGACAUGACAGAAAACAGGUACGUUUUCUUUUUAGAUCCCUGCAACCUUGACCUCAUCAACAGGAAGAUAAAGUCCCUCGCCCUGUGUGUCUCCAAAUGUCCCUCUGCUGAAUUGAAGACCUACAGUGAUCUAAAGCAGUUUUCCCUGAAUAACGGAUCUGAUCUCUGCUCUUAUGAUAUUUCUCCUACAAGAUACACUGGCCAUUCAGAAAGAUUCACGAAAUGCCCCAAACUCCCGGUUCCACCAAGCAAAUCUGUCCCAAUAUUCCACCGCUGUAUCCCGGUGGACGUCGGCUGCUACGCUGAAUUCGCCCAGGCCUUCAUCGCAUUCGUCGGUGACAACAACACGCUGCGCCGACUCGCUGCGGGAGUGAUGGCCAGCAAGGAGAUCAUCAUGGGCCUUUGUGUGCUGGCUUUAGUUCUGUCCCUGAUCAUGAUGGUCGUCAUCCGUUACAUAUCCAAAGUCCUGGUGUGGAUCUUAACCAUUCUGGUAAUCAUUGGCUCUAUAGGUGGGACCGGCGUGCUCUGGUGGCUCUAUGUGGACCACAGGUCCGCGGCUAAUAAUAACACCUUAUCAGUGUUUGGGAAAGAAGUGGCCUCUGACAAUGUUAAAGCCCUGCUUGUGUAUGCAAUUGGUGCUACAGUUUUCACAGUAGUUCUCCUGAUAGUGAUGUUCAUCAUGAGGAAGCGGGUGGCUCUUACGAUCUCCCUGUUCCAUGUGGCCGGUAAAGUGUUCAUCCACCUUCCCCUCCUGGCCCUGCAGCCUUUCUGGACCUUCCUCUGCCUCAUGCUCUUCUGGGUCUACUGGAUCGCUGUGCUCCUCUUCCUCGGGACCGCAGGAACAGCAAUAAAGAACAACUCGACAGGCGUGGUUGAAUACCAGAUUCAGGGGCCUCUUCAGUACAUGGUGUGGUAUCACGCCGUGGGUCUCAUCUGGAUCAGCGAGUUCAUUCUCGCCUUCCAGCAGAUGACCAUCUCCGGAGCUGUCGUCACCUACUACUUCACAAGGAAUAAGUCUCAGAUGCCAAUUACUCCCAUCCUGUCCUCCAUGGCACGCACCCUCCGCUACCAUCUGGGGACUUUGGCUAAAGGCUCCUUCAUCAUCACGCUUGUUAAGAUCCCUCGCCUCAUCCUGACGUACAUCCACAGCCAGCUCAAAGGAAAGGAGAACGCCUGUGCUCGUUGCAUGCUGAAAGCUUGUGUCUGCUGUUUGUGGUGUCUGGAGAAAUGUCUUGCAUACUUGAAUCAAAACGCAUACACUGCUACAGCCAUCAACAGCACCAGUUUCUGCACCUCUGCCCGCGAGGCUUUCCUCAUCCUGGUGGAGAACGCCCUCCGAGUGGCCGCCAUCAACACCGUGGGCGACUUUGUCCUCUUCCUCGGGAAGGUGCUCGUAGUCGCCUGCACAGCCUUUGCCGGCAUCCUGGCUCUGAACUACCAGAGGGAAUACACCGUGUGGGUCCUGCCUCUCCUCAUCGUCUGCAUGUUCGCCUUCCUGGUGGCUCACUGCUUCCUCUCCGUCUUUGAGAAUGUGGUCGACGUCCUUUUCCUCUGCUUCGCAGUGGACACAAAGUAUAAUGAUGGCAGUCCUGGACGCGAGUACUACAUGGACAAGGCUUUGAUGGAAUAUGUGGAGAACAGUAAGAAAAUGGGUCGUUACAAGCCAGAAGAUGGAGAUGGACGAGAGCUGAAGUCGAUGGCACGUGGUGGCACUUCAGCUUGAUCAAGCUUCAAUAAGACUGCAAAAAUACUAAAAACCAGCCAAAGCUUAUCUCAGAGUUUAUCAUCAUGCCACUCCAGGGAGAACCGUAAGAUAACAGCAAACUUUGUACUGACGGUGUACAUAUUUUCACAAAGGAUGCGUUAAAUUGAAAUUUUGUAUUUGUAGGGACUGCAAAUUUGAAGUUCAACACUAAUGACUUGUGUUUUUUUAAUUAGAUGGACUGCCAGAUAUGUCUUUUUUUCCUUUGCAAAUGUUCUCUAAUAUUUAGUUUUUAAUGACAAGAACAGUUGAACAUGUUCUGUUGUAUUUGUCAGGGACUAGUUAGCUACUGUUUGGUGUACAUUUGUACUAGAAAGCUAACUCUGUUUUUGUAAAAGUCUAUUCACAAUGUUUUAUUACUUCUUAAAGUUUUAUACUAAAAAACAUGAAACCACAGUUCUGAUUUCUUGGCCUUUUUCAUCAUCUACAAGUUAUAAUAAAUAAAAAAACCACAUGUAUAAAAAUCAUGCUAAAGACUAUUUAGUUAUACUGUAGAACAGUGGUUCUCAACUGGUGGGUCGAGACCCAGAGGUGGGUCGCGGAGCCAUUUUCAGUGGGUCGUGAAUGUGUGCCUGGAACAAAAUUUGAGUAAAAAAAGUACUUGAAGCGCUUUUUAAACAUGUUUGCUGUGUUCAGUUUCUUUCUUCUGUCACAUGUUUUGUACCGACUGAGGUUACCAAAAGUUUUUCAGUAAAUAAAUUUGAUUGGUCGAAAAAUGUCA